CUGCAUCAGGGCAGAAUGCGAGGACUUUAUGCCAUUUUAGUCUUUUUCAUCUUUGUCUGCUGCAUCAGAGCUAAGAAGAUGCGGUGGUGCACAGUGUCAGAUCCUGAACAGAAGAAGUGUGCAGAACUCGCCAAAGCUCUGGUGGCAGUGCUGCCGCCAGCUGCUGUGGCAGCUUUCGCCAGACUCUCGUGCAUACGAGCGUCCAGCACGACGGACUGCAUCGAUAGGAUCAGGGCAAACCGUGCUGACAUAGUGACGUUAGAUGCAGGAGAAGUUUAUUCUGCUGUGAAGCAGUUUGGCCUUGUUGCCAUCGCCAAGGAGAUAUACAGGGACGGAGGCUGUAUUCUGUCUGUGGCUGUGGUGACAAACAGCAGUCUGGACAUACGAUCCCUGAAGGGCCACAGGAGCUGUCACAGCGGGAUUCGAUGGACGGCCGGAUGGAGUCUUCCUCUCGGCUUCCUGCUCUCCCGCAACUACCUAAGCUGGUCAAAGGAGCAGCCACUGAGUCAGGACGUCAGUACCUUUUUCAGUGCCAGCUGUGUUCCCGGAGCUGCUGCCAUGGCACCACAUCUGUGCGCUCUGUGCCAAGGCCAGAAGUCCUUCAUUCGCCAGAAGAAUUACCACUGUGAAACGUCCCACAGUGAGCCCUUCUACAAUAGCCAAGGGGCCCUCAGAUGUCUCAGGAGUGGGGCAGGAGAUGUUGCAUUUGUGGACCAUUUAGCUCUUGAAAGUAUUGAAGACAGUGAUAGCGAUAAAUUCAGGCUGCUGUGCACAAAUGGCACACAAGCUCCCCUCAGCCACUACAGGAACUGUAAUCUGGGACGGGGGCCAGGAGGCGGCAUGGUCACCAGAUUAAACUUUCGCAAGACCGCUCGCAAAUUUCUAGUGACGUUGCAGAUGCUGUUUGGCCAACGUGGAAGAGAGAGGCAGCGCUUCCAACUCUUCAACUCGUCUUCUUUUGGAGAAAACGACCUUCUCUUCAAAGAUGUGACGUACAAACUCGCUGUUCUGCCAGACGACAUAGAUGUCAGUCAAGUGCUGGGGCUGGAUUAUGUGGCACUCCUCAAAGGUCUUGGACAUGAAGGAAGUUCACUGGAGGACAGUGUUGUGCGAUGGUGCUGUAUCAGCCAUGCAGAGCAGAAGAAAUGUGAGCAGUGGGCUCUCAGUAUAAAGUCAGACCCUCUGGUGUGCGUCAGAGCGGUCUCAAUGCGCGACUGUAUCGAGAAAAUUAAGAGGGACGAGGUGGACGCCGUCUCGCUGGAUGCAACUCACUCUUUCAUCGCAGGAAAAUGUGGUCUCGCCCCCGUAGUUACAGAAUAUUAUGGAGGGAAAUGUGUGCCUGCUGAUGGGUCGACCCACUUGGAGAUGGACGUGUUGCCCUCAGUGGUGGGUGUGGCGGUGGCAAAGCGCUCCAGCAGAAGCGUCUUCAUCGGGAACCUCGGAGGCCGGCGCUCCUGUCACGGUCACAUGUACAGCCCGGCCGGCUGGCUGCUGCCAUACAGACACACGUUAAGCCUGGGGCACAACAGCAGCUCCCCCUGUGAUCCAGACCAAGUGUACAACGACGUGUUUUGGAAAGGCUGCCUUCCUGGCUCUCAGGGGAAUCUGUGUAAAGUGUGUCUGGGAGGCUCAGGGGAGGCUGCCACCAAACGCUGCGCUGACAACCACAAUGAGCGUUACUAUGGCAACAUGGGGGCACUAAGGUGUCUGGUCGGAGAUCCCAGUGGUAAAAGCUACGGUGACGUGGCCUUCCUCGAGCAGCACACCCUUCUUUCCAACAUCCUCAGUUUGAGUUCCAGCGGUUGGGCAGAGGGGUGGACGUCAUCAGACUACGAGCUGCUGUGUGGGGAUGGUCGUCGAGCCCCGUUGUCCGAGUGGGAGAGCUGCAACCUCGGAGUCAUCCCACCGAACACCAUCAUGACACGGCCGGUGCUCACGGCGCGAGUGUACGACUUCCUCAUGAAGUCACAGGAAACUUUGGCAGCCAACCCAAACGCAGAGUUCAAGCUCUUUGAGUCUCAACAGUAUGGAGAAAGUGAUCUGCUGUUCAAAGAUGCAACUCAGUGUUUUGUCCACACAAGCCACAUGGACCCCCGCUCCAUCCUCGGAGAGGAGUUUUACAGUCAGGCGGAAACGGCCUUCAACUGCACACACUCUGAUAUCUUGGAGUUUUGUAAUCAGGACGUGUGCAGCAUAUUCUAAUGGACACACAGGAGGAAACGUUACAUUUCUCUGUGCUGCUCGGUGGAUCAACCCUUCAUCGCUGGUAUCAUCCUGUUCACAGCCGAGAUUAAAGUCAAAACUCUGCUGCCUGGCUGAAGUGAUGAACAACAACAACAUUUUUCUUUGGUCAUUUCUAUUAAUAAACGUGUUAAAGGACAGAGAAAAACCUUCAGCAACUUUCAGAUGCCGUUAUAACAUAAAAUGUUGUGUUAUGUAUAAUCUGUGUGUCUUUCAAAAAUACAAAACACAUCUUUGUAUGUGUAUGCCUGGAAACGAUCAGAAUAAAGAUUUGAAGAAUUAGAAGUAGGAAGAAAUAAAAAUACAGGCAAGUACGGCAAAAGUCAAGAACAUACACAUAGAAUAGAAAAUAACGCUUACAAAUAUGAGAAAAUAUACUGUAAAAAUACUAUAACAAAUAUGUUCAAUAAGAGUUUAGUGCUGGAUGUUUACACAGCAAAGUGCAAACAUCAAGCCUCACACUAAUACCAAAAGACAUGACUACACUUAUAAAUAUAUGGGUGUAAAAUCAAUGUGUGUUACAUGUAUUUGUUCAUACAUAGAUAUAUGUGGCUGCCAUUUUUAAGCAAUUCUUAUUACUGUUGUACACUAGUCUUAAAGCAGCUCUGAAAUAUAUGGCUCCUGGUCAUUUUUACACAUAUUUUAUUAAGAUCCUCCACACUUUGAGAUUGAAGCUUUAAUUUGAAUAAAGAUAUCUAAGCUCUACACAGGAAGAAAACUUACUACAGCUGAAUACAGCUAACUGCAUUAUUUACUUUUACAAAUUACGUAAGACAAUGUAUGUUUUGUACCAAUAUAUAAUGCAAUGUAUGCAAUGCAGUUAAGUUUGUGCAAGUUUGUUAUCUUUUUUUCAACAUUACCUGUUUAUAACUUAUUGAUAUUGAUUCCUUUGU